CAUUAGCAGUAUUGACAUUUGCUUUCACGCUCGUGGUGUAUUUUGUCGUGGUAGUUUAUUUCUUCUCAAAAUAUAAAUUGAAAGAAUGGACAGCAAAUACCGCCGUAACGGUCGUCUGAUUGACAUUGUGGAUGAAGAGUGGCGGGCUGAACAGCUCCCUCAUGAGGACAUCCAGGUCCCGUUGGAGGAGCUCCCGGACCCUGAAGCUGACAGCGCAGACUCUCACCUCACUCUCAAAGAACAGAGCCUGCGCUGGCAAGAGAAUUUCCCAGAACCAGCUGCAAGCAAUAUUUAAAACUAGGAACAAAUCAACAUUAGGGACCAGAUCCCAAAAUAUUUAAACUCUCAAGUAAAAUUACUCACUACAAGAUGUAUAAUUAUAGAAACAGAAAAA